CUGCGGCAGGCUGAGUCAGCUGCUCUUCCGCAGCUUCCUGAGGCCUUCUGGCCUGUCCCAGGGCUGUAGCACGCCACAGGUUCUUUCACCUUGUCCAGGACCUCAGUGAGCACCAACAGGAAGGCAGCAGGAAGAAUAGAUGCUGGAGAUAUCGACCUCAGCCCACUGAAUCGCAAACUUUCACGUGCACGGGACGCACCUGGGGAUGCUGCUAACAAGCAGAUUCUAGUCCACAGGUGACAGACGGGACAAGACAACAUGGGGCUGUGGCUAAGAGGCGUGGUCCUGCGGGCACUCAGGAGCUCCCGGGGAUUCUGCGCGUCUCACGGGCGGCUGCCACCUCCACUUGUCCCUCAGAAAGUGGUGUCCACCUGGGAAGCCAUUAACCAGGGGACGCAGCCGGUGCCUGAGUACUUCAACUUUGCCCAUGAUGUGUUGGACACGUGGAGUCAGAUAGAAAAGGCUGGGCAUCGGCCCCCAAAUCCUGCCUUCUGGUGGGUAGGUGCUACAGGAGCAGAAGUCAAGUGGAGCUUCGAGGAACUGGGCAAGCAGUCCAGGAAGGCAGCCAACGUUCUAGGUGACGCUUGUGGGCUGCAGCCUGGGGACAGGAUGAUGCUGGUGCUCCCACGGCUCCCGGAGUGGUGGCUGAUCAGUGUGGCUUCUAUGCGGACAGGGGUCGUCGUGAUUCCGGGUGUCUCUCAGCUGACGGAGAAGGACCUCAAGUACCGGCUGCAGGCAUCCAGGGCCAAGUGCAUUAUCACCGACGAUUCUCUAGCUCCACGGGUGGAUGCCAUCAGCACUGACUGCCCCUCCCUCCAGACCAAGCUGCUGGUGUCAGACAGUAGCCGGCCAGGCUGGAUGAACUUCAGGGCACUCCUCCAAGAGGCAUCGGCAGAGCAUUCCUGCCUGAGGACCCAGAGCCGAGACUCACUGGCCAUCUACUUCACCAGCGGCACUACAGGAGCCCCCAAGAUGGUCGAGCACUCUCAGUGCAGCUAUGGAUUGGGUUUUGUGACCUGUGGAAGGCAAUGGGUGGCCUUGACUGAAUCAGACAUCUUCUGGAAUACGACCGACACUGGAUGGGUGAAAGCAGCCUGGGCUCUUUUCUCUGCCUGGUCCAAUGGAGCUUGCAUUUUUGUGCAUGAACUGCCCCGAGUAGAUGCCAAAGUUAUUUUGAAUACUCUCUCCACGUUCCCGAUCACCAACCUCUGCUGUGUUGCCACCGUCUACCGGCUGCUUGUACAGGAGGAUCUGACCAGGUACAAGUUUCAGAGCCUGAGGCACUGUUCAUCCGGAGGCGAGGCCCUCAACCCUGAUGUGAGGGAGAAGUGGAAGCUCCAGACUGGCCUGGAACUGCUGGAAGGCUAUGGACAGUCAGAAACGGUGUUAAUCUGUGCCAAUCUAAUAGGCACACCCAUCAAGUCUGGAUCCAUGGGGAAAGCAGUCCCACCUUACGAUGUGCAGAUUGUGGAUGAUGAGGGCAACAUCCUGCCUCGAGGAGAGGAGGGGAACAUUGGCGUCCGCGUCAGACCCAUCAGACCCUUCUGCUUCUUCAAUCACUAUCUGGACAAUCCUGAGAAGACAGCGGCAACAGAGAAAGGGGACUUUUACAUCACAGGGGACCGAGCCUACAUGGACGAGGACGGCUACUUCUGGUUCAUGGGGAGGAAUGACGACGUGAUCAACUCCUCAAGCUACCGAAUCGGGCCCGUGGAAGUGGAGAGUGCCCUGGCUGAGCAUCCAGCUGUCAUUGAGUCUGCUGUGGUCAGCAGCCCAGACCCCAUCAGGGGUGAGGUGGUGAAGGCAUUCAUAGUCCUUUCCCCAGAGUACUCCUCUCACGACCCAGAGGCCCUGACCCGGGAGCUCCAGGACCACGUGAAAAGGGUGACUGCUCCGUACAAAUACCCCAGGAAGGUGGCCUUUGUUUCAGAACUGCCGAAGACAGUUUCUGGAAAGAUCCAAAGGAGUAAACUGAGAAACCAAGAAUGGGGGAGAUGAGGAGCAACCCCAGAAACUUCUCAGACGUUCUCACGAGGAGCUGGUGAAGUCACUGGUCAGCCCUGGCAUACAGCAUCAACCCCUUAGUUCCACAGAUACCAGGGCUGCUCAGCUUCCAGAUGGCCAUCUGCAGGGUCACCCAGGACCCUGGAAGGUGAAGAACAACGCUGACCCAGCGUUCACGGCCGCUGCCCAGUCUAGCAAGUGCUCAGGGGCUCCAAGUCUUCUGCUAUGGGGCAUCUUAGCACCUGCCUGCUGGUCUCACUGAGCCGACCCUGGAAGGGACAGGUCACCACAGCCACGGGCACCUCCAGUCUCCCUCUCUGCCAGUGGGAGCCUGACGGCUUAGCUUUAACCCUCUGAAUGACACCAUUUGAUAACAGCACUCAGAGCAAUAAAAAAUGCCAUGUCCCUUAACCCAGAAAUUCCAUCAUUGGGAAUCACUUAAAAGAAAGGACUCAACAUGCGGAAAACAUUUGCUGUGUAAAUGAAAACUAAAAACAUCAAUGUCCAAAUAACAGGGAAAUGAUUAACUAAAUUGUAGUAGAUUAACCUGAUAAAACAAUGGCCUGGCCAGUAAAAAUACUUAAGGGGACCAUCUAUCAGGUCUUGGGGAAAAUGUAAGCUGUUUUAAUUUUACAAAGCAGAAUAAAAAUAAUAAAUGCAUCCUGGAGAAUCACAACUCAAAAGAACAAAGGGAAAAUUAUAGUUGGAAAGAUUAGGAGGGAAUACGCUAAAAUGUGAAGAGUAUUUUCCUGGGGACUGAGAAGGGAGGGAGAGUGAUGGGUGGUCACUUGUUUCCUUUGCACUCUGUAUCUCUGCAUUUUCCAAGCAUUCUUACUAGGUAGAUACAACGAUUUUAAUAAAACAUCAUUCUAGAGAAAUGAUCUUGCAAAACCA